UGGCCAGGCCAGUGCUAAGUUGGAAGGACUGACGAUCUAAUAGAGCCAACAAGAGGAGCAGAGCAGCCAAGGGGCAGGCCUGAUAUCAGCUGUUGGGCUUGGAAAGCCCGCGCCUGACUCCAUCUAGGAACCUACAUUUCCUCCAACAUCCUGAACCACUUAAGUCCUAAACCCUUGUCGGUCUGGCUGUUUUCGGAUAGUUGAACGGCUCUCGGGAGUUCUCAAGUCUCUACGAUCUAACUAUGAAUGAGAAUGGCGGAGAUUACAGCUGAGACACUGCCGUCACCUCAGGUUGCGGCCCACCAAGCCGGAGGCGGUGUUAGCGGUCAGGCGCGAGCAGUCAAGACUAUAAAUGGCCCGAUACUCGCGCAUCUGAAGAGGGUGUAUGAUUCCCAUGCCGGCAAAGGCGACAAGGCGUGGGAUAAAGGGCAGGUUGCCACCUUUCUCAGGCACGUCCAGGGAAUCGACGAGGACGAGAUAUCCAAGCAGUCGCUGAACCAGAAAGACUGGGAUUUCAAUGACUUUCUCCGUUACAUGACCUCUCCGUCCACCAAUGUCAUUGCUCCUCCCGAUCCCAAAACCCAGGACCUGUCUUGGCCGCUGUCGAGCUACUUCAUCAGCUCUAGCCACAACACCUACCUGACCGGGAACCAGCUUUACAGCGAAUCGAGCACAGAUGCCUAUAAAAAUGUCCUCCUGCGCGGGUGUCGAUGCAUCGAGAUUGAUGUCUGGGACGGGGAAGACCUCGAUUCCGAUAGCGAGUCUGGCACCUCCACCUCCAACAGCGAUGAGGCACAUCCAAAGGCGCACCAGAAGAGGAAGGCCAAAUUGGAGAGGGUGAAGGGCAAAAUCCCCGUCUCUCUUGUCAGCCGUCUCGAGAAGACGUCGCUCGGAAGGAGGCUCGAGCAGUACGUUGACAGGAAGGCGCCGAAUCCCGCGUCGGCGCCAGCGCCCGCGGUCAAGAAACCCGAGGCCGCCGCAGACCCCAAAGUGCAGGCGAACGCUCCGAAUGCGCCAGGGGACAUCGUCGAGCCCCGGGUUUUGCAUGGCUACACCCUGACCAGGGAGGUGUCGUUCAGGGAUGUGUGCGUUGCCAUCAGGGACGACGCCUUCACGGCGUCGGAUCUCCCGCUGAUAGUCAGUCUGGAGGUCCACUGCAGAGCCGCGCAGCAGGAAGUGAUGGUCAAGAUCAUGCAGGAGACUUGGAAGGAAUUUCUGUUGCCGGAGCCCAAGGACGAAGCCCAGAUGCUGCCCGCCCCGGCGGACUUGCGGCACAAGAUACUUGUCAAGGUCAAAUAUGCUCCUCCGAGCCAAGCGGCCGGCGGUACCACACCCGAGACCGGGACCGGGGAUUCCGACGAAGAGAGUCUGCCUACGGGAGCAGCACCGAAAGCGAAGAAGAAGCCGGCAAAGAUCAUCCAGGCUCUGAGCCAGCUAGGCAUCUACACGCGGGGAGUCUCGUUCAAGGGCUUGACCCAGCCCGAAGCCACGAUGCCGACGCACAUCUUCUCCUUGUCCGAGAAUAGAGUCAUGGACACCCACGAGAAGUACGCUGGUGCGUUGUUCGACCACAACCGCGAUUUCCUUAUGAGGACGUAUCCGUCUGGCCUGAGGAUACGGUCGUCGAACCUGGACCCGGUGGACUUCUGGAGCAAGGGAGUCCAGAUUGUGGCGUUGAACUGGCAGAAAUGGGACGAGGGUAUGAUGCUAAACGAAGGCAUGUUUGCCGGUACUGGGGGUUACGUCUUGAAACCAGAGGGCUACCGUUCCACCCACCGUCCCAGCCAUUCCUCAUCCACUAUCACUGCCACCGCCACCGCCACCACAACCAAGGCCACAGUACCACCCCACGCCAAACCCCUCGACCUAACAAUCACCGUCCUCGCCGCGCAGUCCCUCCCCCUCCCCAAAGGCGAUACCAAAGCAGACUCCUUCCGCCCUUACAUCAAAGCCGAGCUCCACACCGAGGACCCAGACCGCCAGCGCCGGCGCCGGCGCCGCCACGCAGCGAGGCUGUACCGCGCAACCAGCAGCGCCUUCACACCAGCCGAUGAAGCCAGCGACACCAAGGAGGGAAGCGGCAGCGGCAGCGGCAGGCACAAAGCCCGGACGCCGACAGGCAAGGGUCGGGACCCAGACUUCGGGCUAUCCGCGGCGCUAUCCUUCCGCGGCGUCGUCCUCCCCGCGGGUCCUCUGGCCGCCGCCGCCGCGGAGUUGGAUCCGGAGGAGGAGCUGUCGUUUGUGCGCUUCACCAUCCGCGACGACGAGAUCGGGCACGACGAGCUGGCGGCGUGGGCGUGCGUCCGGCUCGACCGGCUGGGGGCGGGGUACCGGUUCGUGCACCUGCUCGACGCCGGCGGGGUGGAGACGGAGGGACUGGUGCUGAUCAGGGUGUCCAAGGGGGCGGUGGCGUAGUGUUGUGGGAAGUCGGUUUCUCACGCCAUCUUAUACGUAGACCAGAAUCGGAAAUUCCUUGAUAAUGCGACACGAAUGGCAAAUCUAGGCGACUACCGCGGAAUAUUACUCCCUAGAUCUAUGUAUUCCUGAAUUCGUGAGUCGUAACAUCAUGAGUGUCAUAUCCAAAAAAGAAGAAAUGAAGAAAUGAAAAAGCAGCACCUGCUAUAACCAAUACAUUCCAAGCACCAGACACAUCCCCUGCACCCUCUGCCGGUCUCCGCCCAGCCUCAUGGCAGAGAUAACCAAGUUUCACUCCGCCUUGCCCAGAUCCCACGUCCUAAACUUCUUCAUCGUCUUCCUCCGCAUAUUGGUCAUGAUCUGCUCCUCCAUGGUCUCGAUGCCGGCCUCGA